AUGGCAGUGCCCGACCAGUUUUCACUUCGGUGGAAUGACUUCCACGCAAAUCUCGCACUGUCGUUCCAAGCGUUGUUGGAUGGUGAGGAUCUAGUUGAUGUGACGUUGGCGGCUGAUGGCCAGUAUGUUCAUGCACACAAGUUAAUUUUGUCAGUCUGCAGUCCUUACUUCAAGGAAUUGUUUAAGAUGAAUCCAUGUGAACAUCCUAUAGUCAUUCUUAAGGAUGUGUCUUAUCAUGAAUUGAAGCAGCUUCUCCAGUUUAUGUACAAAGGAGAGGUGCAUGUUCGUCAGCAAGAGUUGUCUGCUUUCCUUCAUACAGCUGAACUCUUGCAAAUUAAGGGCCUCACAAGUGGCAGAGAGAAAAGCGAGUCACCACCGCCAGCCUCUGAUGAUUCCUGCACACCAAGAUCUCAGAUCAAUGAAGCAACUAGCGACAGCUUGCCUGAGUGGGUUCAACCAGAAGAAACAUCAAGUAUGGAAAUACCCCCUGAAAUACCAGCAUUGAUUCCAAAGGAAGAAGCUGCAAGAAGCCCUCUAAAACGAUUAAUGAAAAAUACACAAAACAGAACAAGCAACAACAACAAAAAGAAGCCCAGGCCUUCAGCCAACAACAGUCCCUCUCAUCCCGAAAACAGUGAGUUUGUUCCUGAAGGAGCCUACAGUGAUGUAUCUGGUGAACCCUUGAUCGACUUCGACAGCGAUAUGUUUCAUAAUAUCUUGGUUGUACCAGACUCUGCUAAAGAAACAGGUUGGAACUGCAAAACGGGCGGUGUUAAAUGUCCGUCGUGUCAUCGGUUCUUUGCCAAUCGUUACAACCUUAAAGUUCACAUACGAGACAAACAUGACACUAGAGAAGGGACAUUGCAAUGUGAAAUUUGCCAGAAACGUAUGCGUAAUCCGUCAUGUUUACGCGUGCAUAUGUAUCAUCACCGCAAGCAGGCCGCGUAUCUUGCGCAACUUAGCGCUCAGGGAGAUCAAAUGGGCGUCCAUAACAUGGUUGAGAAUAAGUGGCGUCCUGACAAUUUGAAUGAUUAUCGGGAAAUGGAAAAAUUUACGGCAACUGCUACGGCGCCCGAGGCCAACCAGUUUCCGCAGGCUGCAGAGGGCGUGCAACAAGUUGAGCCGCUAAUGAAGCCAGAACCAAAACUAGAGACAGCAUGA